AUAACAGUAUUUGUUCUUUUGUGACUGACUUAUUUUGCUCAGCACAAUGUUUUCAAGGUUUAUCCAUGUUGUGGCAUGCACCAGGACUUCACUUCUCUUUACAGUGGCAUAAUUAUUCCAUUGUGUGUGUGUGUAUAUAUAUAUGUCACAUUUUGUUUAUUCAUUCAUCUGUUGAUGGACAUUUAGGUUGUUUCCACCUUUUGGCUAUUGUGAAAAAUGCUGAAAUGAACAUUGGUGUCUUAGGCUGGGCUCUCUAGAGAAGCAAAACCAGUAGAGUGUAUAAAUAUAUGUAUAUUAAAAAAAAAUGUAUACAGAGAGGUUUAUAUCAAGAAACGGCUCACACAGUUGUAGAGGCUGGAACAUUCCAAGUCCAUGGGUCAGGCUAGAGGUUUCUCCUGAUUCAUGUAGCCGCAGGGGCUGGUGAACCCAAGAUUGGUAGGCCAGACAGCAGGGUUGUUGAUCACAGGCUACCAAGACUGACGGAUCCCAAGAUUGGCAGGUAAGCUGCUAGCUCAAGUCCCAAGAACUAGAGGUCAGACAAACAGGAGCCAGUUGCAGGAUCAAGAGGGAGCAAAAGGCCACAGGGUUGCCAGAAAGUCCAUCUAUAUUGGAUGCAGUCCACACCCCCAAGGAAACUCCCCUUCAACUGAUUGGCUACUCAAAGCGGAUCCCAUCAUGGCGGUAAUCACAUCAUUAUAAGACUGCCAAACUACACCAUAACUGCCAAACCACUGAGAAUCAUGGCCCAGCCAAGUUGACACACAACCUUAACAUUAUAAUUGGUGUACACGUUUCUGUUUUCAUUCUUGCCUUCACUUCCUCCAGGACUGGGAACACUGGGUCAUACGGUAAUUCUAUGUUCAACUCCUUGAGGAACUGCCAAAUCGUUUUCCACAGUGGCUGCACCAUUUCACACACCCAGCAGCAAUGGAUGAGGGUUCCAGUUUCUCCACAACCCCACCAACACAUGUUGUUUUCUGUCUCUUUAAUCAUUGCUAUUCCAAUGGGGGACAAGGAGUUUUAAUUUUUACAAUACCUCCGUGAGGCAGACGUGAAAACAACUCAGUAAGGCUCACUGACUUGGCUGAAAUCACAUCGGCAAGUUGAUGGUGUAUUCUGGGGGUUCAGUCCUCCCUUCGUAGCGCCCUAGGACCCUGGAUGUCUCCUCCGACGUCCAUCAUAUGCUGAGGAUCCGAGCUAGGCCGGUGGUGGCGGGAACUCGUCUUUCCAGUCAGUAACGAGGGGAAAGCCCCGCGAAUCGCCGCUAAGAACUAGCGGCCAAAGAAGAAAGAAAAAGGCGAAGAGACGCGGGCGGAGGAGGUUUGGGUCCCGGCGGCCGCCGUAGGAGCGGUGCUCUCGUUCCCCAUGGCAACGCCAAGAAGCAGCGGAUGAUUUCUGGGCGGCAUUGCCGCCACCGCCGGCCGGACCGACCGCCUCGCGGAAUCUCUGAACAGACGGCGGCUCCAAGGGUGCAGCUCCUGGACUGACUGGCGCUGCCCUGCCCCAUGGACGUGAGUCCAGGCCCCUUCCCCUCCCUGGUCCUCCCCCUCAGCAAGCACCUUUGCCAGCCUUCGAGCCCCUGGACUGGGGAGGGGGUUCUUUACUCAACAUAGACCCUUCCAGCUGAGGACAACAGCUGUGAGAGAGAGUUAGAGGGAUGGACUGCCUAGGGGAGGGGACCACUGGACCUGACAAGAUGUUGACGAGGAUUUUGUCAAGCAAUCAAGGAAAAAAGGCAUUCCAGGCAGAGGGAGCAGCAUGGGCAGAGGUCUGGGGAGUGAGACAGGUUGGGGUAUUUAGAGAAGGGUAAAACUUCAGCGCGGCUGGAGUGGGGGGCCAGGAGAUGAAGGGAGAGGUAGGCAGGGCCAGAUUAGGGGUUUUGUUACUUUAAAAGUUUAGACUAAUUCUGUGGGAGCCAUUGAUGGAUUGUAAGGAAGAGAGGUAUACGCAAGGACAGUUGGUGUGAAGAUGGGCAAAACUGUAGGCUGGAAGACACUUCCAAAACCAAAACCAAACCAGUUGCUGUCCGGUCAAUCCGGACUUAUAGCGACCCUAUAGGACAGAGUAGAACUGCCCCAUGGGGUUUCCAAGGCUGGAAUCUUUAUGGAAGUAGACUGCCACAUCUUUUUUCCAUAGAGUGACUGGUGGGUUCGAACUGCCGACCUUAUGAUUAGCAACCAAGUGCUUUGUAGGGGCCAGGAAUGUGGGCUGAGGCAGAGGCAGUGGCAGUGGCAGUGGAGUUAGAGACAAGGGAGUAUUUGGAGAGGUAUUCUGAAAGGAGGGCAAAUAAGUCUCAGGAAAGUCUAGAAUGACCCUGAAGGUGCUGAAACAGGAAUGGCAGGGAAAAAAGGCAGGUUUGGGGGACAAGAUUGUAAGUCAGGAUGUAGUCCUAUUGACUCUCUCCCCACCAUCUGGUGGUUGUUCCUCCCCUUCUCCCAGCCACUUCUGUGUACCUUCUGGCAUUCCUGUGUUCCUGCAGCCCUUCCCCUCCUCCUUGUCAGCCCUCCCUCCUGUGCUCACCCAGGUCUCCUCUAGCCCGUGGAAUCCAACCCCGGCUCCUGUCAGCAACCCUUCCCUGCUGCUACCCAUCCCCGCCAUCGUCUUCAUCGCUGUGGGCGUCUAUUUGUUGCUGCUGGGCCUAGUACUUCUGAUUAGGCACUGCCUGCUGGCCCAGGGCUGCUGCACAGACUGCAGCUCCCCCUGCAGGAAACCAAGUGCUUCAGAGCCCCAAGACUGCUGCUGGACCUGUGCGGAAGCCUGCGACUUCCCUCUGCCUAGCCCAGCCCUCUGCUUGGAUGCCUGCUGCCCCCAGCCCACCGAAGCUGGUUGGGCCCCUCACUGUCCCCAUUGCUGCCCACUCUGCGACUGUGCCUGUGCAUGCCAACUUCCUGACUGCCAGAGCCUCAACUGCCUCUGCUUUGAGAUCAAGCUCCGAUGAGGACCCAGGGUCCCUGCCCUUUGGGGAGUGGCCAGCCCCCAGGGCCCACGUGCCCUGCUUCCUAGGGGGCCUCAGGACACCUUUCUCCAGGCUACUGGAACUACAAAUGGCUGGCCUAGGUCACUGGCUUGUGAAGCAGCGGUGGAGGGCCUCGCUCCCUCCGGGGCACGACUCAGAGUGGCCUUGGCCAGCUGGACUGCAGCCCCUUCUGAGGGCCAAAAGAGAGAAGGGCUAGUGCUCUGGCAGGUACCCCUGCCCUCCUCUUCCCCUCUCCAAGCUUACUGUAUAUAUUUGAAGGUGAGCGUGGGGGACACUGCCAACCACAGCCAACCACAGACAGCGUUAUGGGAGGAACUUGGACCUGGAGUACCGGGAUAUAGGUGUGCCCCAGCCACAUUCCUGUCCAUGGACUCUUGGUUAUUUGGGGGCAGGCAGGGGGGGCAAGUGUAGUGCCUGCCUCUACUCUC